UUUUUACAGUGUAGAAUUUAUUUUUAAAUAUGGCAUCAGGAGUAGGUAUUGCAUCCCUAUUAGCAAUUUGUGGUGGAUGGAUUCUCACCUGUAUCGCAGUUGCUAUUCCGUAUUGGCAAAGAAAUGACCCUGACGACACUAUCAAUGAUAGCAUAUCUCAGCAUAUGGGUCUAUGGAUCGAAUGUACAUCAUUUUCAACAGGAAAUUGGGAAUGUGAUGACUACCAAAAAUUCUUUUUAGCCCUUCCAGCAAUGUUGCAAGCAGGAAGAGGAUUCGGCAUCAGUGCAUUGAUUUUGGGAUUGGUCGGACUUAUCAUGAUAACAUUUUCCAUCAAACAGGGAAUAUGUGGAGCUUCAUUCUAUCAAACGAAACGGUCUAGAUUGAUUGCUGGCUGUCUCUCUUUACUUUCAUCAUUAUGUAUAAUAGCUGCUGCGUCUUGGUAUGCACAUGAUAUUCAUAGAGAAUACACUCGUCAACAAAUGAUGGAAUUCACUGGACGAAUGUCUAACAGUACAACGUACGUUUUUGGAUCUGCUUUGUUUAUAGCUUGGGCUGGUGGUGCUUUAUAUCUACUUGGUGGUAUUCUUGCUUUAUGCAUGAGUUGCGAAGAAGAAGAUGAAGAUUUGCGAAGACAACCUUACGUUUAUAAACCUGAGGUAAACACAGUAUACAAAAGAGACGAAGAAUACGUUUGAGGAUUAUCAGAAAACAGAUAUAUUUUGUGUUAACUGGACACAUGGAUUUCCACGACUAUUAUACAAUGUCCACAUUGGUAGAAAUUGAUUUCCAAAACAAACGCCCGAACAAAUGAUUAUGAAAUGUUCACAAUGUUAUAACUAUUAUGCAAUAAAUAUAUUUGAAAUGUAAUGUUUUUUUACCAAUAAAAAUAUUACAGGUAUUACUUGGAGUGCAAAUCUUUUCUCUUAUGGUGAUUUUCUAAAAUUUAACAAUGUGAAAUUCUUCCCACAAAUAUUGAAGAGAUUUGGCCGUUGGUUGUAAUGCGGUCAGGCUUUUUUUAUUAUUUUGCUAUAAAUCCUAAUGCAUUCAAAGUUAUAAAAACAAGUGGAUGAUAAAAA